UGCAGUCCUGAACGCCCAGUGUGAGGCGCUGCAUGCUAUCGCUCGUAUCAGCAGGUAGAAAUCUCGCCGUUCUCAGCAAUGCGUUUUACGAUGCACUAAUCUUAACACUCCCAGCGUGGUCGCUAUCUCCCAAAACUGAUAUCGCCUUCUUGUCUGCUCAAAGAUUACUUCCUCGGAAGACGUGAAUUCAGCACGGAGCACUUCUAGAGCUGCCGUCGUUCAAGCUUAAAGCAGAGACUCGUGAUCAUGCCAGAAGCGAAAACAGUCAUCAACACACCUACCGCCCCGGCGGCCAUAGGACCGUACAGCCACGCCGUUCGUGUGGGCAACACCGUGUACGUUUCUGGACAGGUCGGGUCGCACCCAGGCACGAAUAAAUUCGACUCCGGCGUCGCCGCACAGACGAGACAGACCCUCAUCAAUCUUGGAAACAUACUCAAGGCAAGCGGGAUGAACCUCGACAACGUCGUGAAGUGCACGGUCUACUUGGCGUCAAUGGACGACUUCAGGGACAUGAACAAAGUCUACGGGGAAUUUUUCCAGAAGGACUUCCCAGCAAGAGCUGCUUUCCAGGUGGCAAAACUACCAGAGAAUUCGCUGGUUGAAAUCGACGCCAUUGCAGUAGACUUCGCCGCCUGAAAGCAACACGGUGAUGGCCUUGGAAUUCACGGAACUUUACCUGCCAUAAUAAAGUGUACUAAAGAUGUCUUCGUGUAUUUUAUAGUCUUGAAGAUGUUCAAUAAACGUUUAAUC